CGGCGGUUCAUGUGGGGACACGCACGGUCCUGAGCUGAACUCCACGUUACAAAUAGGAGCUGCGACAUUCCAAGUGGAGCAGAGUGGAGCUGCGCAACACCGGAGCUAUUACGCAGUCGCGGCGCAGUGGAUGUGCGCCAUCGAACCACAGAGGAGGACACAGAGACGCGAUCCGGCUCGUGCGUAAAGACGCACCAUUCAUCACAGGUGGCACUGUUGCUGCUUCCUCUCCUUCCCACUGAGAGUGACGUGAGCGCCCAGCACCUCACAGCGGUGACUCUCCACCCUCAGCGGCUCGUUCAGCUCUGAGAUGUUUGAGGAGGAGUCCCAGCAGAUGAGAGGGCAGCAGGACGGGUCCGUGCUCCAGACGCUGGAGCCGGCUUCAGCAGCAGCAGCGAGUCCGGCCGGAGGCGGAGAAAGUCGAGCGGGGCCCCUGUCCUUCACAGACGAGGCCGUGUCCAUCCUGACCUCCAGCAGCCUGUUGGCCCGCUCCCUGCUGGGCCGCAGCUCUGCCAUCAAACGCAAAGAGAGUCCCUCCUCCAGCAUCCGACGCAAGCGUGAGUUCAUCCCCCAUGAGAAGAAGGACGACGGCUACUGGGACAAGAGGAAGAAGAACAACGAGGCGGCCAAACGCUCGAGGGAAAAACGGCGCGUGAACGAUAUGGUCCUGGAGAGUCGUGUUCUGGCUCUGCUGGAGGAAAACGCUCGUCUCAGGGCAGAGCUCUUGGCUCUGAAGUUCCGCUUCGGCCUGGUCAAAGACCCCUCCAACGCUCCCAUCCUGCCCCUCACCACAACUUCUCAGCACAGCACUCAAACCUUGACUCCUCACUAUCAUCUCCACAGCGGGGACGGAGGCCACCACAGCUCCUCAGCCUCACACACCACCCACCAGACCGGCCAGCUGAGCACCCGAGGCUCGAGGGAUGCUGGUCACAUGUCGGAGGACUCUGGAUUCUCUACGCCUGGUGGGUCCAGCGUGGGCAGCCCGAUCUUCUUUGAAGACCGGCUCAGCGAUCAUGGGAAAUUAUCACCACACAGGGACGAGCUGGGCUACGAUCUUCACCACUCCCCCGCCGACGUCCACCACACAGUGGGACUCGCCGAACGGAAGCCGGACCACGCGGAGUCCAUGAAAAACCUGCCCCACAAGCUGCGUUUCAAGACGCCAGGAAGCGGGGACGUGUCUGACGCCGCGGGGGACAGCAGCUGUGCCAGACGCAGCCCCACGCUGCGAGAGACUGUCAAAGGACUGAGUUUAGGUGAGACAGGAGCCGGGCACUGCGCCGGCCCCUGGCUCCAGCAGCUGGAGGGGGACGAGGGCAGACGGGGGAGACAGUCCCCUCAGUACAACCCCUCGGCAGCCAGCUACAGCCUCCAGCCUCCUCCCGCACAAGGACACACAGAGGGGCAGUAUCAGCAGGGCAACACGCACCUGAAGUCUCAGCUCCACUCUCUGAGCGAGGAGGUGGCUCAGCUGAAGAAGCUUUUCACAGAGCAGCUCAUGGCCAAAGUCAACUGAGGACUUUUACUGUAAGUGAUCCAGGAUCCACGAGGACGGAAUAAACUCAACUCUCAAGUCUGAUAAAUGUGCUGUUUUCAUAUGUUAUAUAAUAUCGUGAUAAAUGUCUCUAAAGAUCCGUUUCACAACCUGCUGUCUAACAACUACUGAGGCUCCACAACUACUUCAUCUGUGUUUCUGUGAUAGUGUUAAAUGUAGAGCGACAUUUCAACUCAACACACUGUGACGACGACAACAAACACAACAUGAAGCUGUUUGCAUCACAUCAUCACGAUCACUCAAACAGCCUCACUCCGCUCAGAGACGACCGGCUGUUCUGAUUCAGAAGAUGCAUUCAAUUAGAUUGUAGGUGGAGGAUGUGUCCCGUCGAAUUUGCUGCACACGCAGCCGACGGUAAAAACACACACGGACAUGAAAUAAAUGGUUGUUUGUUAACAUUAAACUUUGUUAGGUUUGACCUCGUCGUGUCAAAAAGAUUUUUUUAUUUUUCAUUUCAGGAGAAACACUGUAACAUGAUGUAACGUGACGACUCUGUUCUUCUCUACGUUUUCAUAAUAAAAAGAAAUAAAUGUG